AUGCAUGAGAUUUAUGAUUUAAGAAUGGAAAAAAAAAAGUUAGCCGAUCAAUUGGAACUCGUCAACAAGAGUAUGGAUACCAAGCAUUUUGCAAUGGAAGUGUACCUUAGAAAAUCGGACCAUAUUCCAAAGAACGAGUUUAAGCACCUUCAAUUUCUUCUGGCAGAAGCCGAUGCGGACGUAUUUUCAAAUGUAUCAAAGCGAUCCAAUAGGCGUUCAGGCAGCAACAGUGCGGAAUCGUUUUACGCUAUUGACCGAGAACCCAUUGCUGAACCGGAGCCAUUCUGCGACCCAGCUCUGAUUCCAAAAUAUAGUCUUGCCGUGAACAUGUCGUUUUCGCACGCUUCGCCUGAGACGGAUCUGCGCUUGAACCGAAAGCAUCAGUGCUUCAACUGCGGGGACGUCGGUCAUCGCGUGAAUGACUGUCCGCGGCCGAUGGACGACGAACGAGUAAAACGCGAGUUUGAGAAAAUGAAAGCGAAGACCAAACAACAGAAAGAAGGACAUGCGCGUUAUCACUUGGAUCCUCGAUUCGCUGCCUUUCGACCUGGCAAAAUCAGUGACGACCUGCGACGGGCACUGAACAUAAACAAAAAUGAUAUGCCUCCUUGGAUAUACAAGAUGCGACUGCUUGGUUAUCCACCCGGCUACAUCCAAUCUGCGAUCGAAGAAUACGAUGGCUUAGCACUUUACAAUGAUAAUGACGUCGAAAAUUCAGAUGUCAACGAAUGUUCGCCCGAGACGACGGUAGUAGUCACUGAAGGCGAUGAGAGGAAGCACUCAGCCGCUGACAGUUCACCAGCCUCGUCUUCUGAAAGCCCGUCUGGCCUAAAUAAGUCUAUCAUUGUCACCGAGGGAACACCUUUGCCAGCAGCGAUCGUCCCUAAGGAUUAUGAAAAACCGCCGCUUGAAAAUUUUGCCAUCGGUGUCAUGCCUUUCUCUAAUGUUGAAGUUACUUCUCCGGGGAAAUGUAAUUUUCGCCAUCUGAUCGAAAUGGCGCGAAAAGAAAAGUUAUAA